GAAAAAGAUGUUCCUCGCAAGUUCUGAUCCCCUGUUUACGGGCCACUACAGCAGGCUUUACAAUGCAAAGUAUUUUAGAAAUCGGGUUUUGAGAAUCCAAAAAUUAUGUACAGAGUUCCAAUAUGACUCUGUCUUGUUAGUAUGUGGUAUUGACACUUAUCAUGACAAAGAAAUGAAGAAAUUCGGAAACUGGCUGCUCCAUGGGUGUUCAGGGUACGAUAUUACCAACUCUCCACUUAAUGAUCAGUUUUCAGAUACUUUUUGUGUUAUUUCAAAAGAUUCUUUCCAAGCAUAUACAACUCCUAAGGGAUAUCCAGAACUAGCAAGACUGAGUGCUUUGAUUCAAAAUAGGAACAUUUACUGCUUGACACCAUCAGAAGAGGCAAACCAGGAAUUAAAUGAAAUCAAGAAGAUCUCUAAAUUUUACGAGUUUGUGUGAGAUAAGCCGACUAUUGGGCUUCCCGCCAGAGAAGUCAAAGCCACAGAAACUUUUGCAAAUGAACUAGUUAUGAUUGAGAAAUGGCCAAUUUGUCAGUCAUAUGGGCUCGAUCUGGUCGGAGAGGGUUUCUUUACUAUGAAGCACAGCGUUAAGAAUAUCAGAGAAGCACUUAACUUGAUCUAUAGAGAGUACGACUCCUUCGCUAUUCAUACUGUAAUCUACGAUGAAGUUCCAAAGAAUGGCCAUCAUUUCUAUGACAACUUCUUCUCGUUCCUGAGAGAUACUCCACAGAAGAGAAUUGAGAAAUCAGAGAAAAGUCUGAUAGAAGCCCUGAUGUUCAGAUAUGAGUUUGGCUUAGUUGGGAGUGUUGAAGAAAACAAGAGAGAAGACGAGUUUCCUGUACCAAGAGUCCUCUUUGGAGAGAAUACCAAUAAGGAAUACCAUGAACUCUCAUGAGACGAACAGCUAUGGAAAAUUAACAAAGAAAAUCCUGAUAGACUUCCUGUGCACAUGACUCUUGAAUACGUUGAAAGGAGGUCCUCCCUUAGGUUUGCUAGAACAUACAUGCUCUCGAACUGUGCUAUCAAUUAUAUGAGUGGAUAUGUCCUUGACGAUGAGAAAGAGAUUGAAGGGAACAGAGAUGGAAAAUUCAGUGAGCAAGCAGCAAGAUUUAUCUCUCAUGCUUAUAUUUCAAUGAUCAAGGCCUUCGAUCGUUUAAAGGAGCUCUAUUUUCAAGAGAAGAUAGAAAAGAAAGAUUACCAUAAGGCAGCAUAUGUUUGCUUUAUCAAAGCAUGUGAAUGCGAGCUGGGACUAGAAGUAAACCAACUCAAAGGAAUUUUUCCUCCAUCUGGAUUUACUAUUGACAUUAUAAAGUACAAUGCAAUGGGUGAAGAAGUAAAGUCUCAGGAUUCAACAUAUCUGACCCUUCACAUGAUCAGAAUGCAGCAGAAGAACAUUACUGUGAAUAAGGGAAAGGAAGAUCUUGGGUCUAUUAUUUAUGGUGAUUCCUUCUAUCAAACAUCGGGAAAGAGCUUGAAUAUAACUAAUAAUAUCCCUAAAAUGAUUUCAGUAUAUACUACUCCGAAGCAUUAUCAAAAUUUAGACACUAAUUGGUUCCUAGAAAAAGGAAUGAGAUGCGAAAGAAUGGGUACAAGAGUAUUCUCGAUCCUUGAUUGUGAAGGAAUUUAUCCAGUAAAAUCUACAUACCAAGAUGCUAUCCCAAACUUCAUCUUGCAAGGAAACCUCAUAGUGUAUGAAAAUACUGUCAUAUUUGAGGACUCUUGGCUACAUAAUUUCAUUGUUGAUAUCGUAGAUAUUGAGAAAGUUACUUUCUACAUUAGCAAGGACACAUGGGCUGAGAUACAAGUUGCUGAUAACUCUUCACUUCCAAUGAACACUAUCUGAGAAAAGAAAUUCUAUGUCAAUAUCAAAAACAAUCUGUAUUCCAAAAAUAUGAAUAUUCUCUGUGAAAAGUUGGGUGAAGAAAAGGUUGAAAAAGUUUCUCAGAAUUUCGAGCAAUCUUCAGAAUUGUUCCAGACUCUUGAGUUCAAGAAUUACAGAAUCUUUACCAGCACCAAUAAGCAGACUGUGUACACUGGAUAUCUUGACUUUGAGCUAUUUCAGGAAGAAUAUGAAAUGUUUAUGGAAUACUCAAUGAUCUCAAUGUUCAACCAGAUUAGAAACAAGACUUUCGUAUCUUACUCCCAAUUUGAAGACAUCUGGAACAACGCACAGAUUUCUAAGAAGAGCUUAAGCGCACUUUCAGAGAAGACUAAGUUAAUCUUGGUCUCUGGUAUUCCUGGCUCUGGAAAGACAACUCUGGGGCUUUAUCUUUCAAAGAUAUUCAAUGUUGAGAACAUAAAUUCCUCGACAUUUGUGCUCCCAGUGCAGGAGAGUACUGGGUUUGCUUCAAAAGAGUUCUUGGAUAAGCUACUUGAACAUACUGACACAAAAACUGUUGUAGCAGUUAUUCCUUCUUACCAUCAUUUGAAGAAGGCAAUAUUUGAAUUUAAGAAGGAUCCAAGAUUCGAUGAAACAUUUGAUCUUCAACAUGUAAUUACAAGAGUUAGUGCAAAGAACUUCUACAGACACAAGAACAGGAACAUGUAUCAAUUCUUACUUGAGAAUUGCCUCAAAGGAAUCUGUGAUGCCAUCAUCUUUGAACGAGGAGGAGUUGAGCUUACUGAGUUCCAGAGUAUGAGAAAACAACUCUGUGAAGUUAAUGAUGAUGCUAAUAUUCUUAAUGUAGAGGGCAGAACAUUUAAAUUCAACGAUUUGGAAGCAAUUUUGACAAAGAAGCAUACCAAAUACUCUCUUCUAUAUGGAAAAUAUCUCUAUGGAUUUGAGAAGGAAGGAAAGAGCCAAUACUAUCUUGAGAAUGCAGUCUCAGGGCACUACUUCAAAUUCAAAGUGCCUCUAAGUGUAGAUACUCUAAAGAAGAGGUUCCACAAGAUCUUUAAUAACCCUAUUAUGGAUUACAAGGAACUUGUUCCUGAAGAUGAGCAAAGAUGUGACUUUGAAAGCACAGUUGAUAGUUCAACAGACAUCUCCUCAGCUGAUGAAAAGGAAAACAUUGAGUAUGAAGAGACUGGAUCAGAAAGAAUCGAAAGAUACAGGAAGAAGAAGGAAGAACAAGAGAAGAAGAGGAUCCAAGCUGACCUCGAACAAGAGAAAAUGCUCAUUGCUGAGAUGAAGAUAAUCAAAUCUGCUAUGAAGCCAGAGCCAGUUAUUAUCGAACGCAUGAAAGGCCUCUUCCUUCCUGAAAAUGAGGAGGAAGAUAAUGAUUACAGGAUUAUUUCAAAUUUCACCGAGAUCAAACUAAAAUCUUGCAAGAACAGCCAUAAAAGACUUCAUGAGAGUGAACUUGGCUUCUUGGUUUAUGGAAAGAACAUCACUGAAGAGAAGUUCAAAGAUAUCAUGAAUGCUUUCAGAACUCAGCUAAGAAGUCUUUACCCAAGAAGAACAGUGAAAUCUAUCACCGAACAGGAGAUAAAGAUGCUGGAAGAGAAGUACUUCGGAGAGUGCAUGCCCUCCAACUUCUUCCAUGAUGGCUAUACCUACGUAGAUGAAGAUGGCAACAGACAGUAUAGUCAUCCCAACUUAGAGAAGCUCAUUGAAGUCUUUAUUGAGAAGGAAAAUGCUAAGAUUGCUGAUUACAAUAGAGGUGUCCAAAAGGAAUGGAAGCAAGAUAAAGAAAAAUACAAUUAA